UGACUUUAAUAAAUAAAUAAAAUUUGAUUCUAUUUUUCAACUUCUUAACUUAAGCAUGAAUAUGGAAAAGAUAUAUGCUCUUUUACAAAAAUGGAGAGGAAUUUUGAAAAUGAUGGUAGUUUAGGUUCAAGCAAAUACUAAAUAUUCAAUCUUGUUCCAUUUAAGAGCGGAGUGGUUAUGAAAUGAAACUGAAACUUUUACAAUUAAAGCAAUUGUAAAUUAUUUCUAAUUUGAUGAUAACUGUUAAUUACUAUUGUAACUUGUAGAAUUAUGUUUUUAACGGUAAAUUUAAUUUAAAUAGUAAACAGCUUCUAUGCUUAGAAUUCAAACUUGUGCUUUUAGUGAUAAUUUAUUGUAGUAAAUUGAAAUAUACUAUUUUAAUUGACUGACCAUAUAUCACUGGACUUGAAAAUGGAAUAUCGAGAUGAAGAUUUUCUUGAUGAAGCUAAUCUUAUUGAGAUUCCUUGUGAAUUUUGCAAUGAUUUGUUUCCUAUAAUUCUUUUAAUGGAACAUCAGGGAAUGCUAUGCUGUACGAGUAAUCCUUCUUAGCAAAUUCUCUGUCACCUACAUAAUUAAAUAAAAAUUCUAAGUUAAGACUGCCUGUCGGCCUGAUCUAGCACGUAUGAUUGAGCCAACUGUUGAAGAAGUUGAAACUCAAUUUCGGAAUUUGGAAAAUAACUUGGCAUUUGAAAAUCCAAUAGAUGUUGAAAGGAUUGAUCCCCCCACCUAUCGAAAUCAGAUACAAAUUGAAGAAAUUCAAACAAGCUCUAUUCCAAAAGAAAAGGAACAAAUAAAUAGAAUUUCUGAAUCUGAAAGGGAAGUUUAUGGCCCCAAAAGUUACUUGGAUAAAUCAUCAAUGUAUACUGCUGUGAUUUUUAAAAUCAUUUACAUGCUUGGAACUAGUAUUCUAGGAGUUGUGUGGUUCAUUUUAAAGAUAAUUUUUAAACUUCUUAGACUUUGGUGGAAUUCUAAAUCUGAAGGAAUUGAUAAGUUUGCAAUUGAUGAAGAUAACCAAGAAGCAAUAGAGAAAGCUUUGUUACAAGAAAAUGAAGCUUUUAGUUUUGGAUCUUCAAAUAAAGAGAAAAAUGUUGAUGAAGAGAAAUUAAGUUUUAAGUAUCCUCCAAAUUCCUUUUUAAACAAUAAAGAUUCUAAAUAUCAUAUUCAAAAUGAUUUAACAGAAAGUGACAAUGAAGAGAAUGAAAGCUUGGAAGAAUUCUGGAAGAGAGCAGACAUCAAGCUUGUACAAAGAUUAAGAAUGUUACAAAAGAAUUCACCACAUUAUUAAUAAUAAUGAAUCACAAAAAUGAAAAGUGAUCAGCAUUAUACAUUUUAUUUAACUUCUAAAUGUUGGCUUUGAAUCAAAAUGUGUAUUUUGUUACUUGAAAAUAAAUUUUUAUGCAAUUGUUUUUAAA